GCAUCACCAUGGCGAGUUGCUCCUUCGCUCUCGACCAAGCGACAAGGAGACUGAGAGCUGCAGCAGCGGCGGCGGCAGCAGCUCUAGCAGCGGUGGCGACCACCUCGCUUCCUUCUUUGGGAACUUCGACCGCACUCAUUGGGACGGGAUCGUCUUGCCCGGGAGCCAUGUGGCUCUCCAACGCCGCUGGCUCCCGGUCAGACUCCGAGUCCGAAGAGGAGGACCUCCCCGUCGGGGACGAAGUCUGCAAACGCGGCUACCUGCGGAAACAGAAGCAUGGACACAGGCGUUAUUUCGUGCUCAAACUCGAGACCACUGACGCCCCAGCUCGUUUGGAAUACUAUGAAAAUGCUAGGAAGUUCCGGCACAGUGUCCGUGCCGCGGCUGCAGCUGCAGCGGCCGCCGCCUCCGGUACCGCGGUGCCCGCGCUCAUCCCACCACGGCGGGUGAUCAUCCUGUAUCAGUGUUUCUCGGUGAGCCAGAGAGCCGAUGCAAGGUAUCGACACCUUAUUGCCCUUUUCACCCAGAACGAGUACUUCGCGAUGGUGGCGGAGAACGAGUCGGAACAAGAAAGCUGGUACUUGCUGCUCAGCCGCCUUAUCCUCGAGAGCAAGCGCCGCCGCUGCGGCACUCUGGGUGCACUGUCGGAGGGAGAGCCUGCAGCGCUGGCGGCGGCGGCGGCGGCGGUGGCGGAGCCACCCUUCUAUAAAGAUGUGUGGCAGGUAAUAGUCAAACCCAGAGGGCUGGGUCACAGAAAAGAGCUAAGCGGUGUGUUCCGGCUGUGUCUUACCGACGAAGAGGUCGUGUUUGUGAGGCUGAAUACCGAAGUAGCCAGCGUGGUAGUCCAGCUCCUGAGCAUCCGUCGCUGCGGGCACUCAGAGCAGUAUUUCUUCUUGGAAGUUGGCAGGUCUACUGUUAUCGGUCCAGGGGAACUAUGGAUGCAAGUCGAUGACUGUGUGGUUGCCCAAAACAUGCAUGAGCUGUUUUUGGAGAAGAUGAGAGCCUUGUGUGCAGACGAAUACCGAGCCCGCUGCCGCAGCUACAGCAUCAACAUCGGCGCCCACCUGUUAACCCUGCUGUCCACUAGGAGGCACCUAGGCUUGCUGCCUCUGGAGCCCGGCGGCUGGCUCCGAAGAUCCCGCUUUGAGCAGUUUUGCCACAUCAGGGCCAUCAGUGACGGAGAAGAGGAGCUGCUGUUCACCAGGCGCUUCAUAACCCCCAGCGAGCCUGUGCCUCCCUCCAGGAGUGGAAGAUUGCACCUGCCCAGACCAUGCAGGUCCGGGAGGUCGAUUUCAGUGCCUGCCAACUUUCUUCACCGCCUAGCGCCCAGCCCUGUAUGUGCCCCACACCCUGAAGAAUCCCCCAAGGACGGAGCUAGUGCAGCCUCGGGCUCUGGCCCCGGAAACUCUAGGGCGAAAGGGAAAGAAGGCAAAGAGAGUCAGGAAGGAACCGAAGGUGACUACAUGCCCAUGAACAACUGGGGUUCAGGAAAUGGCCGUGGCUCAGGUGGUGACCAGGGUACUAGUGGCCAAGGUUCCAGUAGCCAGAGCUCAGGGGGAAACCAGUACUCCAGCGGGAGGCAGGGAUCUGGCGGUGGCCAGGGCUCAAGUGGCAGCCGAGGCUCAGGAGGUCAGGGCUCAGGAGGUCAGGGUGCUGGAGGAAACCAGACCCCAGGAGAUGGCCAUGGCACCACAGGUGGCCAUGGCUCAGGCGGUGGCCAGGGACCUGGAGGUGGACAUGGCUCGGGUGGUAGCUGGGGACCAGGAAAUGGCCAUGGCGCAAGUGGUGGCAGGAAUUCAGGAGGGAACAAGGGUUCAGGAAGUGGGAAAAGCACUGAGGGUGAUGGUGACCAUGGAAAAUCUCUGAAGAAAAGAUUCUAUUUUGGCAAAUUAACUCAAGGCAAGCAACAGCAAAUGGGACCUGCUUCUGCACCUCCACCCCUAUCAGCUGGACCAACUAAUGGAAAAGGGAAGGGAGGAAGAUUCAGACUUUACUUUUGCGCUGACAGAGGAGCCACAAAAGAACGAAAAGAUGCCAAAGAGAUGAGAGAUACAGAGCCUCCAGGAAGUACAGCUCUGGGUUCCCACAGAGUCAGAGCUUUUGAUGAAGAUGAGGAUGACCCAUAUGUGCCAAUGAGACCAGGGGUGACUGCCCUUUCAAGCUCCAGUGAUUAUAUGCCAAUGGCUCCUCAAAAUGUCUCUGCAUCAAAAAAGUGCCAUUCUAGAUCACCAUUUGAAGAUUCAAAAGGAUACAUGAUGAUGUUUCCCAGAGUAAGCCCACUGCCUACCCAAAGUGCUCCAAAAACGCCUGAUCCUAAUAAAGAGGAUGACUCAAAAGAUAAUGAUAGUGACAGUGACUACAUGUUUAUGGCUCCAGGAGCUGGUGCAAUUCCAAAAAACCCGAGAAAUCCUCAGGGUGGCUCCUCCUCCAAAAGUUGGAGCUCCUACUUCUCUCUGCCUAAUCUUUUUCAGAGCUCACCCUUGGGACAGAGUGACCACAGUGAGUAUGUACCAAUGUUACCUGGAAAAUUCCUGGGGCAGGGCAAAGAAAUUUCAUCAAACUGGGGCCUCAAAGACAGAGCUUCAAAGCCUAUGCUGGAGGGGUCUUUCUCAAAUUCUGGAGAUGGUAGAUCAUCUUCAAAACCUUCAAAUGGUGGGCCCCCAAAGAAUAAGGCUAAGAGACCUAAUCAGCUGGCUUUUAUUACAAAAGGGAAUAAAAUCAAGCCCAUACCACAAAAGCAGAGAGAAGUUGACAGCUUUAGUGGUUAUGUCAACAUUGACUUCACUAAAAGAGAUAGUAUGCCAGCCCCCUCUGCUCAAGGACUGCCACAUUCGUUGGGCAUAAUUGCUGACCCCAGACAGUCAGCCUUUUCUAAUUACAUGAAUGCUGAAUUCAGAGUGCCCUUUCCAAAUCCAGCAAGCCACCUCUCAGAUCUUUUAAGAGCUAACCCCUUAUCUCUGGACGGUGCUAGGUGGCCAUUUCCUCCUCUUCCUCCCAGGGCUACAGGUGGCAAUGUCAGUGUGGAAGAGAGUGACUAUAUUGAAGUAAUUUUCAAUCCAGCAAUGACACCAGCUGUGCCUUUUGCUGACAGUGCCAUUCGCUAUGAUGCUGAAACAGGUCGAAUCUAUGUGGUCGACCCAUUUUCUGAGUGCUGUAUGGACAUUUCUCUCUCCCCUACAAGAUGCUCAGAAUCACCACUUGUAGCCAGGCUGCUGCAGGAAGAAGAGCAAGAGACCAGAUGCUCACAAAGUCCUUCACAAAGUUUCUUUGCAGCUGCCAGAGCAGCUGUUUCGGCUUUCCCAACUGAUAGCCUCCAGAGAGAGAUUUCUGCUUCCCUUUCCUCAGCUCCAGCAGCGGCAGCAGCGCCAACCUUAGAGGUAGGCCGAUUGUUAGCUGCAGCCUCAGUGCUCACGGUGGUCCCGGGUUUAGGCGCAGCUGCCCAGGUCUUGGAGGCUGCGGUUGGGUUUGACUCCGCCUCCGCCUCCGCCGGCUCAUUCCAACCUGUUGCGAAUGCUGCUGAUGCCGAGGCAGUAAGGGAGGCCCUGGACAAUGCCUGUGGUUCAAAUUCUAGAGCCCGGAAUCCAGCUGCAGAUCUUGCCAGAGGUGAGAGCGCAGCUGGCUCUGCUGCCGCUGCAGCUGAGACUCCGCCACCUCCACCGCGUAACCGCUGGGUGCCUAGACCCCCAGAGAGACAAGAGUCUGAACACAAUGACGACGACAAUGACACCUACGUGAGAGUGGACUUUGCCAGUCCUGACAAGAAAUUACGCUCUCCGAAAAGAGAGUGAUUACAUUGCCACAAAAACAUAUUUUAGAAGAAAAGUGACGCUUAAAGAAUUCCAUCUCAUCUACUCCAGAUCUGCCUAAAAGAAAGAAAAUUCAGAGGCUUCGGAAUAGAAAGCAACCUUAUUUCUAAAAACCUACACAUGAAUUCCAGCAGUUGAAGGAUCCCGACUCACUGAGAUCAUUCCUUCUUCUGUGUUAUGGGUCCAAGUGAUUUUUAAAAUCAAGAAUAUUUGCACUGUGCUUUGUUUUCCAGUAUCCCUUUCUGACAUGUGUCUUUGAAAGAAAACAGGUACUAUAAAAGUUAACACCUAAUAACUCCUUUUCUUGCAAUCUACGUAAAUGUGGAUCAUAUCAAUUUUAAUGUUGAAUAAUAUUUGGUUUCAUUUUGAAAUCAUAAAACAUUUAAGGGCAGAUUUUUAAAAACUUGUACAAAUAAGAAGGUAGGUAUGAUCUGGAAUCUUUUGAUUAAAAUAUAUUAAAAACAUUUCUUCAUCAAGAAAUGAAAUAUCAACUAAACUGAUGUCUUAGUGGGGGAAUUUUCAAUAUUUUAAGGCAGAACUAAAAGCCAGAUUGUCUCAGUUUUUGCUCGUUAACAAGACUACAACAUUUCACAUUGAUCCUCAGCUAAACUAAUAUCUUGACUGAGCAUUUCCAACAUUUUAAAGGCACACCUGAGGAGCAAGUUAUCUACUUGUUCAUAUAUUACAGUGAUCCUCUGCCUGUAAAUCAAGUUAGCAUUUCCAAAUCAAUUGUUUUUGAAAACUAUAUUUUCUCACCCUCCAUCCUUUCUCUUUUUGACCCUCUCCUGGAUACACACACUCCCUCUCAUGCCCUGGACUCCUAUAAAGAAAUCAGUUUCAUAUAUCAAAAAAUUUAUACUUAUCAAUCAACAUUCUAAUUAAAACAUAAGCCCAAACAAGUCUCUUAUAAGGCUUUAUUUCCUUCUGGACAAUAACCUGAUGUAGUAUGAACCAAAUUAAAAAAAAAAAAUCAGAGCAAGCUCCUGCCCCUUCCGUUUUUGCUUGCUUCUGAUGGAAACUGAAUUAAAAUUUUAGGAACCUGGAUCUUUGAGUGUGUGACACCAACAGAUGGUGAUCACUUAGGAUGUGUACAAAGGUCCUGAAGCUUGCUUAGAACUUUGCUAUGUGGUGGCACACAAAUCUCAGCCUGUUGUACCAUCACUGGCAAACCUCAUCAUAUCAUAGAUACGUGUGUUUGCAUGAAUGUGUAAGUGUGUGAGUGCUAGUGUCUGUAUGCACAUACUGGUAUGUAUGCAUAAUUUAUGUACCUGUGAACACGUGAUUGUAGAUGUACCUGUUGUGUGUAACUCUGUCACCAAAUUGCUUUGCAUUUCGUGUGCAACUUUGCAGUAGUGUAAUAUUUAAAUUUUUCACCACUCUUGAUGUUUUUGAACAUCUACUUCUAGCUUUGAGCAGGCUUUCAGUACAUGUUGCUAAGCUAAAUUUUCAGAAGAAAUGAGUGAAUUUCUAUUAUUUUUCCUGUGAACCAAUCAAAAGGAUAGGGGUUUCUUCAUUUCCUCUUGUGAAUGGGGAGAUGUGGCUACAGGACCAGUUAGUGCCACAGUUACUGGUCAUUGAGAAGGCUUCACUGCGUCACUCACUUCGGACUCCUCUGUCCCUUCAGAUUACUCUCUUUCCCCAUCCUAAUCAAAUAAUGCAUUGUGACUUUUGUUCAAUAUGAUAGCAAUGUGCUCUUUUGGUAGCCUUUUCAAACAUUCUAUCAUCUUUGUACAUCGAAAUAAGUUAAGUCAUACUGAUUCAGAAUGAUGGGAAGAUGAGCAUAUUUGAGGGAAAAUGUAAUUUACAGAUUAGAUUUAGGGGCUACCAGCAGACAGGGUGCAGAGGGUACAUCACAGCGGUAAUACUUACUGAAUAAACAAAUGGAAACCUUAUACACAACAGUACAUACAACUAGUAACAGGUACAGCAUUACAAAUAUGCAAUGUUUUUGACACUACUCCUUAGUUUACAGACACAAUUUAUUCAGUAUUGUGCUGGAAGAAUCUUACUAUGUACCAACAUCACUUUACCUUCCACUUAUCAGUUUAUGCUGCUGUUAAAAAAAAAAAAAAAACCAAUGGUGGAAUGAUUUGUGUGUGUCUGUGUAUGUGUGUGUGUGUAUGUGUGUGUGUGUGUGUGUGUGUGUGUGUGACCUCUACAUUAACUUGGUAUCAUGCAUAGUCACUAGGACAAUGAAAACUAAAACUUUACAGUUGUAACAGCUCAUUACAUGUCCUAUUUCUGCUUUACAGUUUGGUGUUAAAUUGCUCUGGCUUUGUCUUCCUUUGUAAAUAUUCCUGUAUUCUUUGUAAACAUCUCAUUUGUAGUUCUGGGAGACAAACUUGCAACUCUGUAUAGUGUUUAUAUAUGUACAUAUAUAUAUCUGACUCGCUUUUCCAUAGAGCUACUUGCAAUAAAUGUGUUCACGUAA